GUAUAUUAAAGGCUCCGAAGGGGAGGAAACGAACAGCAGCUCCACGGAGAAACCUCAGGCACAGAAAUCACCGGCACUGAGAAGGUCGUGUCCUGAUCCACCUCGAUCUCGCAGGCUCUUCGCGAUGAGGGCUCCCAUGUUACUGCUCGUCCCUUUGCUGUGCCUGGCCAGAGCGGCUCCGCAAGAUAGCCAAGAGGAGCUGCCCGAUGCAACAGCCGAGGACCUGGACCAGAGCGAAGUGAUCCUAGAGCUGCCCUUGGAGCAAAGGCUCAUCGCCCCCAUCCUGGUCCAUGGGGCCCCUCGGGACGGGGUGACCGUGCUGCACACCAGAACCGGAGGCCCCGGCGUCCCCACCUGCGGCGACGGCCCCUCCUGCCGGGCCCAGCCCUGGGGUCACAAGCUGAACGACUUCCCGCCGGCCCGCCCCAGCGCCAGCAACAUCAACAACAUCUGCCUGGAGGGGAGGAAGAAGGUGCCGUACGGGCCCACGAGCCUGCCCCGGACGGGGUUCUCCCACCUCAACCGCCAAGGCGCUGCCAUCAACCUCCUGGAGGCCGGCCUGGAGCGGUGCUGCGCGCAGGCUGAGCGCCUGGGCUGCGCGGAGAGCGCGUGGAAGGAAGCCCUGGAGCAGUUCUGUGACGAGGAGUUCUCGGUGAAGACCAAGCACUACCACUGCUGCAAGCGGGAGGGCACCGACCGGGAGCUGUGCUUCGCCAGCGAGGCCCCGAACCCCAGCUACGUCCCUAACGCUGCCAACCCCACGCCCCCCAGCCCCUGCCCGUCGACCGACCCCGCCAAGUGCACGCCCGGCCAGCCGAGCGCCAGGCUGUGGCCCAUGCUGCCCGAGAUCUCCUUCCCGCCCGGCGAGCCCACCGCCAGCAACAUCAAGAACAUCUGCAGGCUGCGCAAGUUCCGGCCCGUCUACCUGCCCAGCGCCAUCCCCACCACGGGCUACGGCUGGUUCCAGCGCCAGGCCCGCGCCCUCACCCGCCUGGAGAACGACUUCAAGAAGUGCUGCAAGAACGAGAACGUCAACUGUGCUCACGCUGCGUGGGAGAAGGCCCUGGCUCAGUUCUGCAAGCAGGAGCUGUCUGUGAAGACCAAACCUCACCAGUGCUGCAAGGAGGCGGAAGGCAAGGCCAGGUUCAGCUGUUUCUCCAGCCAGGCCCCAAACCCGGCCUACGACAAGGAGAUCCAGGCUGUCACCCUGGGAGUGGUGACCCCGGCGCUCCUGGACAUGCUGUGCGGGGAAAUCAAGCUCUUCACCAAACAGAAACCAAUCCCAGACUUGAUCCAGAGCAUGACGGAGCCUUGCUGCAGCCUUCAGGGUGAGGAGAGGACUCAGUGUGCAGAGAAAGAGAAAGCCCGUUCCAUCGCCGCCCUGUGCACCACCCAGAAGGACUCCUGGAAGGACAAGGAUCAGUGCUGCUCCCAGGAGGAGGAGGAGGACAGAACCUACUGCUUCAAUGCCAACUACCUGGACAGCAUCUUCUUGGCCAGCACGGGCCCGGGGCAGGUCCCCAGCGAGCCGAGUCUGGCACCGUAAAA